UCCUUUCAGAAACCCCGUAGUCGGCAGUAGGCGGAAGCUUCAACAAAUAGGUCCAAAAUGGCAGGAGCCGAUGGAGACGAUUCGCUCUACCCCAUAGCCGUUUUAAUCGAUGAACUUCGAAAUGAAGACGUCCAGUUGCGGCUGAACAGCAUUAAGAAGCUGUCCACCAUCGCGUUGGCGUUAGGAGUGGAGAGGACUCGCACAGAACUCCUUCCCUUCCUCACUGACACCAUCUACGAUGAGGAUGAGGUCCUGCUGGCUUUGGCUGAGCAGCUGGGCAACUUCACCAUGCUUGUGGGAGGCCCUGAAUAUGUCCACUGCCUCCUGCCCCCACUGGAGAGCCUGGCCACUGUGGAGGAGACUGUGGUGCGGGACAAGGCAGUGGAGUCACUGCGUAAGAUCUCCCAGGAGCACUCGCCUGUGGACCUGGAGGUGCACUUUGAGCCCCUGGUGAAGCGCCUGGCCAGCGGAGACUGGUUCACCUCCCGCACCUCCGCCUGCGGCCUCUUCAGCGUCUGCUACCCCCGCGUCUCCAGCACUGUCAAGGCUGAGAUCAGGCAGCAUUUCCGCACCCUGUGCUCUGAUGACACCCCGAUGGUGAGGCGGGCAGCUGCCUCCAAGCUGGGAGAGUUUGCCAAGGUUCUGGAGCUGGAGUACGUCAAGAGUGACAUCAUCUCCCUCUUCACUGCACUGGCCUCUGAUGAGCAGGACUCUGUGCGUCUGCUGGCGGUGGAGGCGUGCGUGAGCAUCGCCCAGCUGCUGCCCCAAGAGGAGCUGGAGUCGCUGGUCAUGCCCACCCUGCGCCAGGCGGCCGAGGACAAGUCUUGGAGGGUGCGCUACAUGGUGGCCGACAAGUUCUCCGAGUUGCAAAAGGCAGUCGGGCCAGAGAUCACUAAGAAUGACCUGGUCCCCGCUUUCCAGAACCUUCUGAAGGACUGUGAGGCAGAGGUCCGUGCAGCUGCAGCCAACAAAGUCAAAGAGUUCUGUGAGAAUUUGCCUGAGGACGGCAGGGAGACCAUCAUCAUGACUCACAUUCUGCCCUGUGUGAAGGAGCUGGUGUCCGACACCAACCAACAUGUAAAGUCAGCAUUGGCAUCAGUCAUCAUGGGCCUGUCCACCAUCCUUGGGAAGGACAACACCGUGGAGCACCUGCUGCCCCUGUUCCUGGCCCAGCUCAAGGACGAGUGCCCUGAGGUGCGCCUGAACAUCAUCUCCAACCUGGACUGUGUGAAUGAGGUGAUUGGCAUCCGCCAGCUUUCCCAGUCCCUGUUGCCCGCCAUCGUGGAGCUGGCCGAGGACGCCAAGUGGAGGGUGCGCCUCGCAAUCAUCGAGUACAUGCCCCUCCUGGCAGGACAACUGAUGGGCGUGGAGUUCUUUGACGAGAAGCUCAACUCCCUCUGCAUGGCUUGGCUCGUUGACCAUGUGUAUGCCAUCCGGGAGGCUGCCACCAACAACCUGAAGAAGCUGGUGGAGAAGUUUGGCCCUGAGUGGGCACAGAACACUAUCGUGCCCAAAGUGCUGGGCAUGGCCAACGACCCAAACUACUUGCACCGCAUGACCACGCUGUUCUGUGUCAAUGCGCUGUCUGAGGUGUGUGGGCAGGACAUCACCACAAAGCACAUGCUCCCCGUUGUGCUGAAGAUGGCCAACGACCAGGUGGCCAAUGUGCGCUUCAACGUGGCCAAAUGCCUGCAGAAGAUCGGACCUGUCCUGGACAGCAAUUCUCUCCAGGCGGAGGUGAAGCCAGUACUGGAGAAGUUGGCCACAGAUCAGGACAUGGAUGUCAAGUACUUUGCCCUGGAAGCCAUCAGCGUCCUCUCCCUGGCCUGAAGCUUCCUCGGCGUUUCCCAGCAGUCAAGUGCAACGGAACAACACACACCUGUUGCGUCUAUUUAUUGAUCUUGUUGAGCGCUCCCAGAUC